UAUUCACAAGUUGAGUCUGUGAUCAUUGAGAGUUGAAGUGAUAAGAAAAACAUUUCUUUAUCUAGUUCUCCUGUGCAGCAGUGAUUCACAGGUUCAAAGUCAUACAGCUACUGGGAGGCAAUAAAACAAUUUUAUUGCUUUAAAAAAAACCUUAAUAUAAAACCACGAAGCUCAAUAUAAUGUUUUGAUGCUGCUGGUUGCAAAGUGAAUGAGAUACACUGCAUAAUUAAUCUGAAGGUACUUUAGUCAAUACACAUGCACUCAUGUUUUCCCUUGUGAGCAGGGAAACUGGUGGUACAUCUUGGAGCAGACCCUUCCUGCCAUUUAGGAAGCUUUGAAAUGUCUAGAUUGUUGCAGAUUAAGACAGGAACUGUUGCCGCCCUCUAAAUUACAGGCAUGCCAUUUGGAGUAGAGAGUGAGAGGAAUACAGGCUGGCAUGGACGUGAGCAUAACUCUUUGAUCGGAUUUUUAUUUGUUCAAGCUUUGCUUUGGUUUUAUCCAAGGAUGCAACCUGAGUAGCAGUGGACAAACAAGAAGAGCCAGAAACAGGAUUUUUAAGGUUUAUCUGGUGGCUUUGGUUUUGUGCGUCUCAGUCUUCUCCCGUCUUGUCAUAAGGUACAUAAAACACCUUAGACUGAACUUGUCUUAUCAGUUUCAAGUUCCAGACCGACAAGUAGCUCAACCAGCCCAGUGCUCCUCCACAAGUAGCAGCUUGUAGGUGAUUGAGACAGUAUUCAGAAAUUUUGAGCCCUUCAAAUAGGAUUCAGCUCUUUUCUUUUACAACCUCUUCAAAUGAAACCUCAGGACUACAGGUUCAUUAUAGGUCAUUGGAAUAUGCAGCCUACCAUCAGUUAACGCACAGGCCACACUUUGACCUGCAGAUAAGGCUGUUUAGUUUCAUUAUAAGUCAUGAUUUGGGGAUAAUAAGAUACUCUAGUUUCUUUUAUUAGCCAGAGGCAGUUUGCUCUGAGAAGGACAGGUGAAUUCAUCUCCAGUCUUCCAAGAAGCAACGGUGAGACUGUUGCAAUCAUGGGUGAAUGGGGCUUCCUCGGUGGACUCUUCGACAACCUCCAGGCCCACUCGCCGAUGCUCGGCCGCUUCUGGCUCUUGCUGAUGCUUGUGUUUAGGAUUCUGAUCCUGGGAACGGUUGCCAGUGACCUGUUUGAGGAUGAGCAAGAGGAGUUUGCCUGCAACACCCUGCAGCCGGGGUGCAAACAGGUGUGCUACGACAUGGCCUUCCCUAUCUCCCAGUACAGAUUCUGGGUCUUUCACAUCGUCCUCAUCGCAACGCCGUCUCUGCUUUUCCUCAUGUACGCCAUGCACCACCAUAACAAGAGGAACAGCCACUCCAAAUUCAGCCAAAUUAGCAGCCAGGACUAUAGAGAAGACCUCCAUUUUAGGAGGCUCUACAUUGUCAAUGUGGCUUUCCGCAUACUGGCAGAAGUUGGCUUUCUAGUGGGCCAGUGGUUCAUGUAUGGGUUCAAGGUGGAGGCCCAGUUCCCCUGUAGCCGCUUCCCUUGCCCCUACACAGUGGAUUGCUUCACCUCCCGCCCUGCGGAGAAAACCAUCUUCCUCUGCUUCUACUUCGUUGUAGGGGUGAUAUCGGCGAUUUCCAGCUUCGCAGAGCUUCUCUACAGCUCCAUGAAGUGGUUCUGCUCGAGCCGGGAGCCCCCCUUCCCUCUGGAGCGCUCCUGCGUCUGCCAGAACCUCCACAACAUCAAGCAGGAGGAGGCAGAGGCAGAGGAGAAGCCCAGAGGAAAGAUACUCUUAGAGAGUGCGCCCAGCAGCAUGAGGCUGAAGGGAGGUUUGUUGAAGGGAGGUUCGCUGAGGAGCAGCGCCAGCAGGAAGGUCUCCAGCAUCGGCUACAAGCACAAGGGUGGCAAAUACGUGAACAGCAGGACACUCAUGGUGUGAGCCCUGAUUCAAACAUGCUGCUAUCACGGUAGUCUUUUUUUAUUAUUAUAUUUUAACUAUAAAUCCUGUAAGCCAUUUCAUUUCACAAUUAUUUUCACUGUUAAUGAGUCAAGGAGUUGUUUACGACGGGAGACAUCAUACGGAAAUGCUUGGGAGACAGUCAUGAGAUAAGGGGGAAAAAAUCAAAGAAAAGACUGAUGAUAAGACGGAUGCAUGCAAGGCAAUUGUUGUCUUGUUUGGCUUGGUGACUCAUAACAGACAUUAGAACAGUUGAGGAAGGAAAAGCCUCUGGAUUACCCAUGAUACACUUGUUUAACACUGAUUGCUUUUUGUUUCAAAGAGAAUUGACUGUACAUCGCUGUACCACACCCUUUGGACCGGAAAAAUCCACCCGAAAACACCACUGAGGGAACACUGUGUUAUUCUACUGGUUUUGGACAGUGAGGUUAAAAUCUUUAAAUGAAGGUAACUGUCUCUGUAAACUGGAAACCAUGCCUGAACUUUAUUUAAGUAUACAUUUUUCCUUUUAACAACACUUUCGCGACUGUGCGCUCAUUAUGAAGCUACAGCCAGCAACCGGUUAGGUAAGCUUUGCACAAACACUGGAUACGGGCAAUGGAAUGAAGAUGUUGAACUGUUUCCCUCUGUGGGUUUAACUGGUGUGACAGGAUAGUAAGUUAGUUUCUGUAUUAAGGCAUUAAACAUUUGCACGUUGUUUUGUAAGACUGAUUCUGUUUUAUUUUUGGUACCAAUUUCAGACAAGACAUCAGUCACACAGGAUUGUAAGAUACUGAUGCUCUUAAUAGUUCAAGAUUUUAAAAUCGGUGACAUUAUGACAUAACUAAAAACAACUUGCAUCCAGGUGCCUUUGAUUUGGCCUCUGAUUGGACAGUAUGAUCACUUACCUUCUGAUAAAGGGUUCCAAGGACAAAGACCAAACUCUCAUAUCUCAUUAUUACUGAACAGAAAGGGUUUUUUCACAAUUUUGCUACCCAAAAGUUGUUCCUAUAGAUGGCUUGUAACUGGUUUAUAGGGCAUUAGUAAAUGACUUCCUAAACUUGAAUACAUUCACUGGCAGUGUUUUUUCCACAGGUGUGUGUCAACAGUAGCUUGUAGCUGGACUGGUUGCUCAGGUUUUUUAUCAUGAAGGAUUGAAUGAAUGCUGCACGUACUUCAGAGCCCUUCAUGAGAUCAAUGAUAUCUUAUCUUGACACUCAGCUCUUACUACGCCUACACAUUUUAACGCUUCAUUACAUUCAACAACUGACACUUCAUUGGAACUUCUGUAAUGAACAUCUCUGCAUAAAUGUCAUAUUUAUUUUUUAUUGUGUAUGAAUGGACUAGUUGAGGGCAAAGCAUUUCAUACAGCAUGAGAUGAGUCUGUUAGUGUGCCAAACAAGCUCAGUGGCAUUUUCAUUGUUAUGUUGAAAUGAAACUGUGUGGUGUGCAGCUAAAAAAAUAUUAUGCAGUGGCUACAAUAAAUCAGUAACAUACCAACAUCACAAGUCUUUGCAGGAAUUAUACUCUAAUGCAACUCUGCUCUAAACUGCUUUGUCACGUACACAGGUGUCGUAAAUGACUAAUAAAACCAGUCUCAUUAGGGAGAUCGUGUCUUUGUGGUGGGAGCUCCAAACCCUCCGUUUUUAAUCAAAUGUUAAAGAGAGCCAGUGUCCCCAACUGACACUUUUGAGACAAAACUCAAGAUGUGCAUGUUCUCAAUGACCUUUGGCUGCUCUUAGUGAGCAGAGUGAGAGUUUGUAUUUCAUUUUUUACAGUAAUUGCUCGUACAGGUUUUAUUGUUUUCAGUUUUAAAUUUUUGCACAUAUUUUGAUAUUUCCUUGUAUUUUAUCAUUGCCAUUCAUUGUUUUUUCUGCCUUUUCUAUUAUUUGUGCCUUUUGACUGCCUCUACUGAUGUCAUUUCACUCACUACUAUUGUGCUUUUAACUAAAAUGUGUAUGGCACUGAACACUGGUUGUUUUAAACUGUAUAAAUAAACUUGAUUUCGAAUUUUUUUCAA